GGACAUUGUGCCGCUUGGCUUGCAAGACCUGCCUCGUCUGCUCCCCUUUCCCCUCGCCGCUCCAGGCAGGCUAGCGGCUUCCCACCGGCUGGGGGGGGGGGAGGGGGUGCGCGAAAGGGAGGCAGCGCCAACCCCGCCUCCGUCUCUGUCCGGGUUCAGAGCGGGUCACAAGCGUCUCCUUGGCCCUGGCCGCAGGGGCUGCUGCUGCUGCAGACCAAAAAGGGGCUGCCUGAGGUCACUAUCUGGUGGGCAGCUGCUCUGAGAAUAACAAUGGCACGAUGAGGUGGAAACUAAGUUUUUCCAAAUCUGCCUUUGAAGAGGAAAUAGAAGACAUCCCCUCACUUUUGUUUGAAGAGCAUGCAAAAUCAGCGCAAUAUGGCACAGCAUAGCAUUGUCGUGGGAUUAUUUGUAAUGACUGUUUUAUCCUUGCUGGAUGACAGUUCAGCUUUCCUGUUAAAUCAGCGUCUGAAAGGAAGGUUUCAAAGAGAUCGCAGGAAUAUCCGUCCAAACAUCAUUCUUGUCCUCACCGAUGAUCAGGAUGUAGAACUUGGUUCAAUGCAAGUGAUGAAUAAGACAAGGCGGAUCAUGGAACAGGGAGGGGCUCACUUCAUCAAUGCCUUCGUGACAACACCAAUGUGCUGCCCAUCCCGCUCCUCUAUUCUCACAGGGAAAUAUGUCCACAACCACAACACCUACACCAACAAUGAAAACUGCUCCUCUCCAUCCUGGCAGGCCCAGCAUGAAAUCCGCACUUUUGCAGUGUACCUCAAUAACACAGGUUAUAGGACCGCUUUUUUUGGAAAGUACCUAAAUGAAUAUAAUGGUUCCUAUGUGCCUCCUGGCUGGAAAGAAUGGGUUGGAUUGCUUAAAAAUUCUCGUUUUUACAACUACACACUCUGUAGAAAUGGAGUAAAAGAAAAACAUGGAUUUGACUACUCUAGGGAUUAUCUGACGGACUUGAUCACCAAUGACAGUAUUAGUUUCUUCCGAAUCUCAAAGAAGAUGUAUCCUCACAGGCCAGUUUUGAUGGUCCUCAGCCAUGCAGCCCCUCACGGUCCUGAAGAUUCAGCCCCACAAUACUCUCAUCUCUUCCCCAAUGCUUCUCAACACAUCACUCCCAGCUACAACUAUGCUCCAAAUCCAGACAAGCAUUGGAUCAUGAGGUACACUGGACCCAUGAAACCUAUUCACAUGGAAUUCACCAAUAUGCUGCAGCAGAAACGCCUUCAAACUCUCAUGUCUGUGGAUGACUCUAUGGAGGCGAUCUAUAAUACAUUGAUCGAAACAGGUGAACUGGAUAAUACGUAUGUAAUAUAUACUGCAGAUCAUGGCUAUCAUAUUGGACAAUUUGGGCUGGUGAAAGGAAAAUCCAUGCCAUAUGAAUUUGACAUCAGAGUUCCUUUUUAUAUUCGCGGUCCUAAUGUGGAGGCAGGAUCCUUGAAUCCUCACAUUGUAUUGAACAUAGAUUUGGCUCCUACCAUCCUAGACAUUGCGGGGCUGGACAUUCCACCUGACAUGGAUGGGAAAUCCAUUUUGAAACUGCUGGAUUCUGAAAGACCAGUUAAUAGGUUCCAUUUGAAAAAGAAGAUGAAGGUCUGGAGGGACUCAUUCUUGGUGGAGAGAGGGAAGCUAUUGCACAAGAGAGAAAAUGAAAAAAUGGACGCUCAGGAAGAAAAUUUCUUGCCCAAGUAUCAACGGGUGAAAGAUCUUUGCCAGCGAGCAGAGUACCAGACUGCAUGUGAACAGCUCGGGCAGAAAUGGCAGUGUGUGGAAGAUCCCAGCGGGAAGCUCAAGCUGCACAAAUGCAAAGGAAUGGCCAGCCUCACAGCUCCAGGCAGCAGCAAAGUCCUGCCCAACUUGUUGCCCAAGUACUACAGCCAGCUCAGUGAGGACUGCAACUGCGAGGAGAAUGAAUACAAGCUGAGCCCCAUUGGGAGGCGGAAGAAGCUCUUCUCCAAGAAGAAGUACAAGGCAACCUACAUUCGGAGUCGCUCGAUUCGCUCUGUCUCUGUUGAACUGGAUGGAGAAGUCUAUAAUUUGGAUUUGGAAGAUGGCUACCAGCCUGUUUUGUCCAGUAAUAUCACAAACAAACACAAAAAGGUCAAGAGUGCUGACGGAGAUGAUGAGGAUGAUAAGGAUGCAGGAGAAUAUAGUGGUACUGGUGGAAUUUUAGAGAAUAUGGCCCCUAACUUAAUCAAAGUGACUCACAGAUGCUACAUUCUAGAGAAUGACACUGUUCAGUGUGAUACAGAUCUGUACAAGUCACUGCAGGCGUGGAAGGACCAUAAACUUCAUAUAGACCAUGAGAUUGAAACUCUGCAGAAUAAAAUUAAGAAUCUGAGGGAAGUAAGAGGCCAUCUGAAGAAAAAGAGACCAGAAGAGUGUGAUUGCAACAAAAUAAGCUUCCAUUCAAAACACAAGGGCAAACUGAGGCACAAGGGGUCCGGCCUUCAUCCUUUCAGGAAAGCCUUGCAAGAGAAGGACAAGCUGUGGCUCCUCCGAGAACAGAGGCGGAAGAAAAAGCUGCGCAAGCUGCUGAAGAGGAUCAAGAACAAUGACACGUGCAGCAUGCCAGGCCUGACUUGUUUCACCCAUGACAACCAACACUGGCAGACUGCCCCCUUGUGGACAUUGGGUCCUUUCUGUGCUUGCACUAGCGCAAACAACAACACAUACUGGUGCAUGAGGACAAUCAAUGAGACCCACAACUUCCUGUUCUGUGAAUUUGCUACUGGCUUCCUUGAAUACUUUGACCUCAACACUGAUCCUUACCAGCUAAUCAAUGCAGUGAACACCCUAGACAGAGAUGUGCUCAAUCAACUGCACGUGCAGCUCAUGGAACUAAGAAGCUGCAAAGGGUACAAGCAAUGCAAUCCAAGGACUCGGAACAUGGAAUUGGGCCUUAAAGAUGGAAGUUACGAGCAAUACAGGCAAUUUCAGCGACGCAAGUGGCCAGAAGUGAAGAGACCUUCAUCUUCCAAGUUGCUAGGACAGCUCUGGGAAGGCUGGGAGGGCUAACCUACAAAUGCUGGACCUCAAUGAGGAUAUAAACUGGCCAGAACUUGAAUCUUUGUACAGACUUAAUGAAAGUGUGUAUGUUUUCAGACUGAAUUACAAUGUUAGCCUGGAGGACUGGAUGAACUUUUGACGCUUAGAUAGUGUGUUUGCACUGUAAUGCAAUUGGAAUAGAAACAGUGACCUCCUGGGGACUUAAAUGUCAUCAAGAAUAUGUAUCCAUUCUCGGAGCCCACUGGUUCACCUGCUUUUGCUUUGGAUUAUACCUCACUUGCUUCACAAGCUUGUUUUGCUUCCACCAGUCACUACAGAUACAGUUUCAAGAAAGAAGCAGAGAAACAAAGGUCCCCCACUGACUCACAAAAAAUCAUAAGGGCCAAAAGCCUCCAGAGCACUGUUUUAAGUGGAACCCCAGUUCACAGCCCCUCUUCAGUUUCGUCUCUAACUUCAACCGGCAUUAGACACAAAUGGAAAUCAAGAUAAGAAUGUGGAUUCCCCCUUGUGCUAGGCAAGUCAAAGUAGAUGAGAGCUCCCGAAGGAUCCAGAAUCUCAAGACAAUAUUACUGAAGAGAUGCACAGACGGUAACACUUUUCAGGUGUCUACUCACAUGGAAGCAAUUUACUUCACUGUUCACUCACCUACCUUGGGAUAAAAAGAAAAUAAGUUAUCACUCAGAAACCAGCUUUCCAGCAUGGUACUGUAAAUAUUUAGUGUCCUGUUUAAACAAAAAAGUCCAGAACAAUUUUGUUACUAAAGUGUUGGCAUGCCCCAGUACCAUUUCUGAAAAUGUCACCUUCAUUGCAUAAUAAUUCCAGAAUUUAUCCAUUUUUAAAAGCACUGCAAAAUUUAAAAAAGCAGUUUGUGUAUGUCUUGACAAUUUUAACAAAGUUGGAUUUGUAUUAAGUCUUUGUGGUUAUAUUGUAUGUUCAAAAACCAAAACUACUAUAAAAGAAAGCACUUGUUUACUUUUAUAA